UGCAAAUGUCUCCUCUUUUUAAACCACCCCUUAACCACCUCUCAACACCCAUUCUUCUUCUUCUACCUCUCCUCUCUCUUUCUAAACCCCACAUCAUCCUUCUCCUUCAAGCCUGCACAUCUUUCUCUCUCUAAUCCAACACCAUUCUUCUUCAGCACAACUCUCUUGCUAGCCAUUAUUACACUUCCUCAUCACAGCUCACUAGCCAACCCCAUUCUUGUUGCCUUUUCUCUCUCUCUCAAGAUGCCUUGCAUCCCAUGGAAAGCCAUCCUUCCAGCUGGAUGUCUCAGGGAAAGCUCACCGAAGACCAACAAGCGCGUUGUGGCGAAGCAAACAUCCUUUCAAAGGCUAUCCUUCUCAGACCUCAGUGACCCAUUUUUGGUAGAGGACCUGUCUCUCUCUCUCGGAUCCAGUCUUCACAACUUUACUCUGAGUGAGCUAAAGGCCAUUACCCAGAACUUCUCUGCCAGUUUCUUGUUGGGAGAGGGCGGGUUUGGUCCCGUUCACAAGGGUUAUAUCGAUGAUAAAUUGAGGCCCGGACUUAAGGCGCAAGCUGUGGCUGUCAAGCUCCUCGACUUGGAAGGUUUGCAGGGGCAUAGGGAAUGGCUGGCCGAAGUGAUUUUUCUUGGGCAAUUGAGACACCCGCAUUUGGUCAAGCUGGUCGGCUACUGCUAUGAAGACGAGCACCGGUUGCUGGUCUACGAGUUCAUGCCGAAAGGGAGCUUAGAGAAUCACCUGUUUAAGAGGUUUUCGAUCUCAUUGCCAUGGGCAAUAAGGCUUAAGAUCACGAUUGGAGCUGCGAAGGGUCUUGCCUUCUUGCACGAGGCCGAGAAGCCAGUAAUCUAUAGGGAUUUCAAGGCCUCCAAUAUCCUAUUGGACUCAGAUUACACAGCCAAGCUUUCAGAUUUUGGGCUCGCAAAGGAUGGGCCAGAAGGGGAUGAGACCCAUGUUUCCACGCGGGUAAUGGGGACACAUGGUUAUGCAGCUCCAGAAUAUGUCAUGACUGGUCACUUGACCGCAAAAAGUGAUGUCUAUAGCUUUGGAGUGGUUCUCUUAGAACUCCUCACGGGAAGGCGCUCGAUGGACAAGACCCGACCAAGUAGAGAACAGAGCCUCGUAGAGUGGGCUCGCCCCUAUCUAAACAACAGUAAAAAGUUAAAUCGAGUAAUGGACCCAAACCUUGAUGGGCAAUAUUCAAUCAAGGGUGCACAAAAGGCGGCAGCUCUAGCCUAUCAAUGCCUAAGCCAUAACCCAAAGAAUAGGCCUCUGAUGAGACAGGUGGUUGAAAUUCUUGAGCCAGUGCAAGACCUAAAAGAAGACAUAGUUGGUCCCUUUGUGUACACAGCAGCCAUGGAAAAUGCUAGGAAACCUGACCCAGGAAGAUCUGCAGUCAAAGAGACCAAAAUCCCAAAUGGGGGUCAUAGGAGCCGAUCACCCAUGUCUCCCACGAAGGCCUAUUCAGACACAGCUCUCUAUAAAAAUUCGCCCAGACACAAAGGGUGAGGAGCAUAGAGUUUUGGAAGGAAGUGGUGAAGUUAGAGAGUUGUAAGCAUAGGAUUUUGAAUGAAAGUGAAGAUAAAAGAAGCAGUGUGUGAGAAGGUUCUUGCUGUAUAUGAUUAAGUUCGGGACGCCAGGAGAAGAUUUCCCACCUGUUAGGUCAAGCAGUUAUGUCGAUAAUAUCAUAAUAUUGCUGCAGACCAAGGAUAUGCAGUGACUACUUAUUUCACGAAAGAUCGUUGUGUAAAGAUUUAAGAAUUUUAGCUGUAUAGGCUGGAUCAGCUUGCUUCAACAAUUUCAGUUGUACACA